GGGUUCAGUGUGAGUUAGAGCCUAUCUCUGCCCUGCCUCGCCCCCUCCCCUUCCCUUCCCCCGGCCCUCUCUCUCCCUGUCUCCGCUUGCAAUACGACUGACUACUCAUCACUAUCAUCAUCAUCAUCAUCUUCUACUUCAACUACAGAAUCAAGAGAAGAAAGAAAGAAAGAGAAUCAAAUAAAGCCUCUUUCAUCCACACCCUCUCUCUCUCUCUCUCUCUCUAGACCUUGGGCAUUGUGUACUUGGAAUUAUUUCUUCUUCUUCUUUUCUUCUUCUUCUUCUCUAUCUAAUCUAUCUGUCUCUGCGCAAAGCAGAGGGAAGAAGAAGAAGUAGAAACAGAAUCUACCACCACUGCUUGCUGCUUGCUGCUUGCUGCAUUCUCAUUCUCAUUCUUCUGUUAAGGUUCCCUUGCCAGGAAACCAAAGCCUUUUCCUUUCUGCUUCUCUUGUCUCCCCCCUUUUUCCUUUCCUCUCAUUUUCUUCCCUUCUCUUUCUUUCUCUCGUAAAAUUUCCCGGAAAAUGAGCGAGGACUUCGUUGCGUCGGUGUCCUCUGACAGACAAGUCGAGCAGGUGACUUGAACAUUGUGCAGGCACUUGUGGCUUUGAAGAAGGGUGCACAUCUUUUGAAGUAUGGCCGACGAGGGAAGCCCAAAUUCUUCAGGUUGUCCACGGAUGAGAAAUUUUUGAUUUGGUAUUCUGGUCAGGAGGAAAGACAAUUGAGACUAACCUCAGUUACAAAGAUUAUUCAUGGACAGAGGACGAUGCUGCAUCUGAUUGUUACAGACAAAUUUUCAAAGGCAACUUCAGCCAGAAAGAGAAAGUCAGUCCUUUUCAAUAAUCUAUGCAAAUGGCCAACAUUCUCUUGAUCUGAUAUGCAAGGACAAAGCACAGGCUGAUUCGUGGUGCUUAGGCUUGAGAGAUGUGAUAGCCAGAUGUCAACACUUUAAAUCAUUGGGUGGUCCAAAAACCAGAAGAGUGGCACAAUCUUGUGUCAAUAGCCCAGCUGGUUACAUGCGAAGAAAGCAUAACCUGGGUCUUUCUGAGGGGACCAUCAAUUUCUCUCAGGUGCGCAGCUUAUCUGGUAGUCCCACUCAGUCAAUUUCAGAGAGGUGUUUUUCUGAUGGCUUAUCAUGUUCUUCUGAUAGUUUUUAUUCGGAAUCAAGUCUGUCAAGUAUGCAGCAUGUUGUGGAUAUAGUAAUUCCAAACUCUCCAUAUAUUUAUCCGGAUGAUCUCAAGAAGCAGAGAGCAUUAUAUCCUGGCACAGAUAAUCAAAUGAAUAUGCUUAGUGGCUUUGACACACCCACUCAUGGUUCAGCAGAAAUGGAAAAGAAUAUUCUGAGGGAUGUCUUGAUCUGGGGAGAAGGAAUGGUAGGAGGGUGUUUUGGGGGUGGUCUUGAUAAGUUUACUAAACAUAAUGAAAUGCAGUCUGACGCUUUAUUUCCAAAACUUCUGGAGUCUACAAUGAUGUUAGAUGUCCAAAACUUGGCGUUAGGAGCAAAGCAUGCUGCCUUAGUUACCAAACAAGGGGAAGUCUUUUGCUGGGGUGACGGCAGCAGGGGAAAGCUUGGUAAUAAAGUUAACAUGCAUUUUACAAAGCCAACAAUUGUAGAGUCUCUCUGUGGAGUUCAUGUGAAAUCAGCUGUCUGUGGUGAAUACCAAACAUGUGCUCUGACAUUUUCUGGUGAACUUUACACAUGGGGAGACAAUUGUUAUGGAGCCAACUUAGGAGGCAAGGAUAGUAAUCCAGUUCAGUGGCUACCACGUAAAAUAUCUGGUGCUCUGGAUGGUGUUAAUGUAUCACAAGUUGCUUGUGGUGAAUGGCACAUGGCGAUUGUGACCACCUCUGGCCAGUUAUUUACAUAUGGAGAUGGGACUUUUGGGGUUCUUGGCCAUGGAAAUCUUCAAAGUAUUUCUCAACCAAGAGAAGUUGAAUCUCUCAGGGGUUUGUGGGUGAAAUGUGUUGCCUGUGGACCAUGGCAUACAGCAGCAAUUGUGGAAAUCAUGGUUGAUCGUUUUAAAUUCAACAAUCCAGGUGGUAAGUUAUUUACAUGGGGAGAUGGUGAUAAGGGAAGGCUUGGUCAUGCUGAUCAAGAGAGGAAGCUCUUACCAACAUGUGUUGCGCAACUUGUGGAUUAUGAUUUUCUUCAGGUAUCCUGUGGAAGAAUGUUGACUGUUGCACUUAGUAAGUUGGGUAAGGUUUAUACGAUGGGAAGUACAGCACAUGGACAACUGGGCAACCCACAAGCCAAGGAUAAAUUGAUUACAAUCGUUCAGGGGAAGCUUAAAAAUGAAUUUAUUAGGGAGAUUUCAUCAGGAUCUUACCAUGUUGCUGCCUUGGCAUCAAAUGGAAAUGUUUAUACAUGGGGAAAAGGCAUGAAUGGACAGUUAGGAUUAGGUGAUACAAUAGAUAGGAAUUGCCCGACACUAGUGGAGGCCUUGAGAGAUAGGCAGGUAGAAAGUAUUACUUGUGGUUCAAGCUUUACAGCUGCAAUUUGUUUGCAUAAAUCCAUCUCCAGUAAUGAUCAAUCAGCUUGUAGAGGAUGUGGUAUAGCUUUUGGGUUCACAAGGAAGAAGCAUAAUUGUUAUAACUGUGGUCUUUUAUUUUGCCAUGCUUGUAGCAGCAAGAAAGCCAUAAAUGCAUCUCUGGCACCUACUAAAAACAAGUAUUUUCGAGUCUGUGAUCCAUGCUUCCAGCACCUAACGAUGAUUACACACUCAGGUGGGCAGCCAAAGUUGGGAAACCGUAGUCCAAGACUACUACUAAGCACACAGAUGGGGCUAUCCGAUGGGAAUGUGGAAAGUGGAGAGCCAGCUGCUACACCAAGUCAAAUGAGUUUAACCAGAAAAUCUUCUAAAGAGAAUGGCGAAUACCAUGAGAGGAAGAACACUAAAAGCAAAGCAGAAAUUCAGCUGCCUUUAGGCCUCAGUUCUUUGCUUUCAAGUGGGUUGCCCAGAUGGGGGCAAGUCACUUGCCCAUUAAUAUUUAAAGAUUAUCCUGGAGAAAGCAGAGACUUUUCUGCUCCAAAGAAACAAUUAUCUUUGGCUUCUCCUAUCCAUUCACAACAGAACCCCUUGGAAUCCAGUUCUCCAUCUUUCACUGCCAUGAAUGUGGAGAAAGGCUUCUUGGAGUCUGACCGUAUUCUAACUAAAGAAAUUCAGAAGCUAAGAGCUGAGGUUGAGAGUCUUGAAAAGCUAUGUCAAACAAGAAGCAAGAAGAUUCAAGAAUGCAAGCAAAGAAUUGAAGAAACAUGGUCUCUGGCAACUGAGGAAGCUGCCAAGGCCAAAGCAGCAAAGGAGGUUAUAAAAAUUUUAAGAUCAAGGCUUCAUACUAUCUCAGAGAAACUUUAUGGUGGAAAGGAAACAAAAGAUCAAGUUGGUGCUCAUACGCCUCAAAUCAAGUCUAUACCUACGGAUAGCCCAACCCUGAAGGCUGUGAACAGAUUGUUAAUUGCUAUAAAGUUGCCUCCUGAAGUUGGACCUCUAGAAGACAGAAAAGUUGAUAGUCUGUGUAGUUCCCCUAUUGUGUUCUCUAAUACCCUCAAAUCCAUGUGUGAGGGAGAGUUCAAUCAUGGCAGCCCUAUAUUUGCAGAGGAACCAGUCGCUGAAAAAACAGAUUCUAGGCAAAAUGGUACUAGAACACCGAAGAUUGAUCGGGUGGAGAAGUAUGAACCGGGUGUGUAUAUAACAUUCAUAAAUUUGCCAAAUGGGAAGAGGGGCCUCAAGAGAGUGAGAUUCAGUCGGAAGAGAUUCACCGAAGGGGAAGCAGAGAAAUGGUGGGAAGAGAAUCAAGCGUCAGUAUACCACAAGUAUGAGAUUGAAGAGUACAUAAGAUCCAACCAGGAUAAGACCAGUGGCUGAUUCAACCAUUUUCAGUCCCUUUGAUCUCACACUGCAGGUUGCUUGAUGCUAGAAAGAAACCAAUUCGUACUAAAUCUCAACUUACGAUCACACUUUGCUGAAUCUAGAAGAUGGAAAGCAGGAGACAACCUUCCUGAGCCUUGGACCAAGAAGGCCAUAUGAAGAUCGCUCGACUGGAACAGAAUGUAAGAUAUUCUUGUAUUUAUGAGCCUUUAUUUUGUUAAUAUGGAGUGUUCUUGCCUUAAUUCAGUUGAGAUACAGCCAGAAAUAAGUCAUAGUAUAGUAUAGUAUAGCCAGGAGAAAAGUGCUUGUUGAAUUGGUUUUAAGGAAUGUUGGCUCGAAAAUAUUUUAGUUUCAAGAAAUAAUGGAAACAUUCUGAUCGAUUUUGGAUACAAGGAAUGGAAUGAAAACAGAAGAACAAAUUAGUAA